UGUAAACGUACCCCUUCCUUCCACUGGUCCUCUUCUUAAAUUCUUUCUCAGCAAAUGUCUCCAAUUGAUGUAAAAACUACUCCAAAACAUUGUGACGAAAAAGGGUUCACCGUAGAAAAACUAUUCCCAAAAAGGAAGUUAUUUUUUAGCUUCACAACAAUUUCCCUCUCUAUUCUAUCAUUUAUCUUUCUUCUAUAUCUCACUCUCCAUCCUACAAAACCAAACUUCACACUUAGAGAAGCUGAUAUUUAUCAACUCAGCCUCUCAGGUCCGCGCCAACUACUUAACUCCUCCAUUCAACUCACCCUCGUAUCCAAGAAUCCAAACAAGAAAGUUGGAAUUUACUACGAUGAGUUGCAAGUGUAUGCUUCUUACAAGGGCCAACAAAUUACUCUUUAUACUUCUCUUCCUCCAUUUUAUCAAGGCCAUGAAGAUAGCAACUUCUUGUCUGCCUCUUUGAUUGGGAAUGGAAUGCCGGUGGAUCCUUAUUUUGGUUAUGAAGUGCAACGUGACCAACGUGCUGGAAUAUUGAUGAUGAAUUUGAAAGCAAGCGGUAGGCUAAGAUGGAAAGUUGGAACAUGGGUUUCUGGAAAGUAUAGGUUCAAUGUAGAUUGUGUUGCUAUUAUGCCUUUUGGACCUUCGUUGCCAUCUGGACCCCUCAGUUUUAGACAAGGAGCUCAAUGUUCUACUACACUUUGAAGUUUGAUUAAAUAUUAAGUAAUACUCAAUUAGCGAGCAAAGUCCUACCUCAAGGGCAGAUUCGCUUGUCGAUGGAAAAGAAGAUGAAAUUUGUAGUGACAAAAGCAAGUGGAUGACCUACAAUAUAUUGAUUGAUUGUCCCCUAUUUGGCACUUCAAUAAUAUUUACAGCAGAAAGCUAUGACACGAAAUGAUGUGCUGAUUGUGUUUUGGUGAUAAGAAACCUGAGAGGUGGAAAGUGGAGAAUGAGCCGGCGGGAAAUUUAUCACUUUCUUUGCUCUC